AUGGAUUACGAAAUGGAUCUCGAGCCCACAGGGCCCCAAGUGACAGUCCGCGAGGCGGAACCCUACCGCGUCGAUUUCAGACUGACCGCAGUCGACCUCUCAUUCGCCAACUCCCUCCGACGAGUCAUCCUCGCCGAAGUGCCCACUUUGGCACUCGACAUCAUCGAAAUCGAAAGCAAUACCUCGGUCCUCCCUGAUGAGUUCCUCGCCCACCGCCUCGGCAUGAUCCCCUUGAACUCGUACAACUGCGACCAAGAUCUCGACUACACGCGAGACUGCGACUGCGAAGACCACUGUGUGCGCUGCAGCGUGACACUAUCUCUGCAUGCGCGCUGCAGCAGCGGCAUCAUGUCUGUCUACGCGCGGGAUCUGGUUGUCGUUGGCGAGCGGAUCAACGACAAGAUCGGCGAUCCUGUAACCACCGACCCCGAGAACAAGGGUUCCUUGAUCUGCAAGCUGCGCAAAGGGCAGGAGAUUAAGAUGACCUGUCUGGCAAAGAAGGGAACCGCUAAGGAGCAUGCGAAGUGGGCGCCCACUGCUGCUGUCGGCUUUGAAUAUGACCCCAACAACAACCUGCGCCAUGUGGACUACUGGUAUGAGCAGGAUCCGGUGAAGGAAUGGCCUAUCUCCGAAAACGCUGCCUGGGAACCCGCUGCCAACCCCGACCAACCCUUCGACUACGAUGCUGAACCCAAUUGCUUCUACUUUGACGUGGAGAGCAUUGGCAACCUUGAGCCAGAUAUGAUUAUCCAGCAGGGUAUUGUGGCGCUCCAGCGCAAGCUCGCAACCACCGUCUCCGUGCUCUUGGGUGAAGGUGAGGAUGGACAUGCCGGAGCUGACGAUGCUGAGAUGAUGGGUGCCAAUGACCCCGAUGCUUAUGAGCCACCUGAGGGCAUUGACGGAAACAUGACUGCCUACGGAAACGGUGCGGCCAGUACUUGGGGCGCUAGUGCACAGACACCGUACGGUGCUACGCCUUACGGACAGAGCAGCUAUGGGUUCUGA